AUGCUUGGUCUAACUGAUGUACCAAAUAAUUUCACAGAGGAAGACAUCAACUCAAUUACAUCUGCAAAGGCGUUUGCAUUACGAGUGAGACCACAAUUGCAAGCUGCUAAUCCGAAGGCACUUUUUACAAAGUUGCAGCAGCUAGUUCAGGCAAAAUAUCGAGAAUUCCAGGAAGAGAUGGCAGCGCAAGGGCGACCGAUUGGUUCAGUGAAGAAGUCACGUUCAUCAACAUCUGGUGAUAAAGUUGUUGCACCGAUCAAAAUUCGAAUAAGUGCUAGAAAGAAGCGACGUAACGACGAUGAUGAUGAUGACAUUAAUCAAGAUAGUGACCAAGAAUUUGAGCAUCUGUUGAAAGAGCAUGAAAAACAGUUGGAUGAAGAAGAACGAGAAAAGGAAGAGCGUCGAGCUGCACGAGCUCGUUCAGCAAAGAAAAAGGGAAAGAAAAAGAAAGGCGAAGAUGGAUAUGAGAGAAGCGAUACUAACGGUAACUCAUUGCAGACGGAUCAUCAGGAUUAUUGUGAAGUUUGUCAGCAGGGAGGAGAGAUAAUAUUAUGUGACACAUGCCCGAAAGCUUAUCACAUGGUUUGUCUAGAUCCGGACAUGGAAGAGCCUCCGGAAGGGCGUUGGUCUUGUCCAACCUGUGAAUCAACAGGAGCACCAAAAGAGGAUGAAGAGGAAAAGAAAGUUACUACAAAUAUGGAGUACUGUCGUACUUGCAAGGAAGGAGGUUGGUUGUUGUGCUGUGAUACAUGUCCCAGUUCGUAUCAUGCCUACUGUUUGAACCCGUCACUAACGGAAAUACCGGAAGGUGAUUGGUCAUGUCCGCGUUGCUUGUGCCCAGAACCAAAGAAUCGUCCUGAAAAAUGUCUUUCUUGGCGGUGGAUUGAAAUUGUUUAUCCACCACCAAUGACUGAAGAAGAAUUAAAGGAACUAGAAGGACAAGAGAGUGGUCGAAAAAUAGCUCUGAAGCCUCCUAAGGAACUCGCAAAUCGUAGAGAACGUGAACUUUUCAUAAAAUGGAAAUAUAUGAGUUACUGGCAUUGCGAGUGGGUGAAUGAAAUGGUCCUCGAUGUACACUUUACGCAGUUUCUUCGGAUGUACUGGAGAAAAAUGGAUCCGGAGACACCUCCUGAAGUAGAUGAUGGGAGCCAGGAAGAUCUACAAAGUGGAAAAAUCGAAAAAAAGGAUAAAGAAAAUGAUCCUCACAAUCUUGAAGAACGAUUUUAUCGUUAUGGCAUCAAACCGGAAUGGAUGCAAGUACAACGAAUCAUCAAUCACGUACAAUAUGGGAAAACGCAGUUUGAUUAUUUGGUUAAGUGGAGAGAGUUAGUUUAUGAGCAGGCUACCUGGGAGCGUGAUGACUUCGAUAUUAUGGGUUAUGAAGAUGCUAUCAUCAAAUAUUGGGCACAUAGGCAGCGUAUGAACGGAGAUAUUUUACCGAAGCACAUAGCAAAAAAAUUAGCAGCGAAGAAAGUUGAAGAAGGUAAAGACAAGGACGACGAGGAGGAAGAAGAAUGUAAAAAAAAGAAAAAGAAGGAACCGAAAACAGAUCUUCGAAAGAAAUAUGAAACGCAACCGGAUUUCAUAACAGAAACAGGUGGUAAGUUGCAUGACUACCAGCUGGAAGGCAUCAAUUGGUUGCGACACUGCUGGUCACAGGGGACAGAUGCGAUUUUGGCCGACGAGAUGGGUCUCGGCAAAACUAUUCAGUCAAUGGUUUUCCUAUAUUCACUAGUGAAAGAAGGGCAUACACGUGGUCCAUUCCUGGUGGCUGCUCCACUCUCAACACUAAUAAACUGGGAGCGAGAAGCAGAAUUCUGGUGCCCUGAUUUUUAUGUUGUAACAUAUGUUGGUGAUAAAGAUAGUCGUACUGUUAUCAGGGAACAUGAGUUUUCAUUCAUCGAAGGUGCCGUUCGAGGUGGUCCGAAACCUUCACGUCUGAAAACUGAUCAGGGAAUUAAAUUUCAUGUUUUGCUUACUUCAUAUGAACUGAUUAAUAUCGAUAAGUCUAUACUGUCAUCUAUUGAAUGGGCUGGAUUAGUGGUCGACGAAGCGCAUCGUUUGAAGAAUAAUCAAUCGUUGUUUUUUCGUACUUUGCGCGAUUUCCGAAUUAAUUAUCGAUUGCUUCUUACUGGUACUCCAUUGCAGAACAAUUUGGAGGAAUUGUUUCACUUACUAAAUUUCUUAUCACCUGACAGAUUCUACGAUAUGGAUUCAUUCACUCAUGAAUUUGCUGAAAUCUCGAAGGAAGAUCAAAUUCAGAAGCUACAUUCUCUGUUGGGACCGCAUAUGUUGCGUCGUUUGAAAGCUGAUGUGUUAUCGGGAAUGCCGUCCAAGAGUGAACUUAUUGUCCGUGUGGAGCUUUCUCCAAUGCAAAAGAAGUACUACAAGAAUAUUUUGACACGAAAUUUCGAAGCAUUAAGUCCGAAAGGAGGCGGUUCGCAAAUUUCCCUUAUCAAUAUUAUCAUGGAUCUCAAAAAAUGCUGCAAUCACCCCUAUUUAUUUCCUAAAGCUAGUAUAGAAGCGCCAAAAUUGAAAAAUGGCAUUUAUGAAGGUACUGCGCUGGUGAAGGCAUCAGGGAAAUUUGUACUGCUCCAGAAAAUGCUCAAAAAACUGAAAGAACAAGGACAUCGGGUUCUAAUUUUUUCCCAAAUGACCAAAAUGUUGGAUAUCAUGGAAGAUUUUUGUGAAAAUGAAGGUUACAAAUAUGAGCGUAUUGAUGGUUCAAUCACUGGUCAAGCGCGACAAGACGCAAUUGAUCGAUUCAAUGCCGCGAAUGCGCAGCAGUUCGUAUUCUUGUUGUCUACCAGAGCAGGUGGCCUUGGUAUUAAUUUGGCUACAGCUGACACUGUUAUCAUUUAUGAUUCGGACUGGAACCCACACAAUGAUAUCCAAGCUUUUAGCAGAGCUCAUCGUAUCGGGCAGCAGAAAAAAGUGUUGAUUUAUCGUUUCGUUACUCGAAAUUCCGUUGAAGAAAGAAUUACGUCAGUUGCCAAAAAGAAGAUGUUGCUGACUCAUCUUGUUGUUCGCGCUGGAAUUGGGCAGAAGGGGCCUUCUAUGAGCAAAAGCGAACUGGAUGAAGUACUGCGCUGGGGAACAGAAGAACUUUUCAAGGAAGAUGAAACAAUGGCUGCGGAAGGUGAACAAGGAGAGAAGAAAACAAGUGAACAAGAAAUUAUCUGGGACGACGAGGCAGUCGAUGCGCUAUUAGAUCGGUCUGCUGACGAUCCCAAGGAAAAGUCAGGCGAGAAAAAGGAACACUGGAGUAAUGAAUAUCUUUCUUCGUUCAAAGUUGCGCAAUACACCACUCGAGAAGCUGAUGAGGAAGAGCUUGAGGAUGAAGAUAAAACCGAAGUAAUAAAAGAAGCAGCACAAGAAGCAGAUCCAGACUACUGGGAGAAACUUCUUCGUCAUCAUUACGAGCAGGAACAAGAAACGCAGGCGCAGAAACUCGGUAAAGGAAAACGUGUUAGGAAGCAGGUUAAUUAUGCAUCAGAAAAUAUGCAGCAAGAUUGGCAACAAAUGAAUCCAAAUAAUGACGAUUUUUCGUCCUCAUACAGUGGUGAUAGUGGUCGUUCAGAUGGUGAAGGAGAGGAUGAUGAAUUUGACAGCACGCAACAAGGAAAGAAACGCCAUCGUGAUCGUGGUGAUGAAAAACUUCCUCCACUUCUUGCACGUGUAAAUGGCCAGUUGGAGGUUUUGGGUUUCAAUCCAAGACAACGACGAGCAUUUUAUAAUGCAGUUAUGCGCUGGGGCAUGCCUCCGCAAGAUACUUACCAAUCACAGUGGCUUGUACGAGAUUUGAAGGGUAAAUCGGAGCGUGCAUUUAAAGCAUACACGUCAUUAUUUAUGCGCCAUUUGUGUGAGCCUGGAGCAGAUUCUCAGGAAUCAUUUAAUGAUGGUGUACCUCGUGAAGGUUUGAACCGACAACAUGUCCUCACUCGGAUUGGAAUUAUGUCACUGAUCCGAAAGAAAGUCCAGGAAUUUGAAGCAAGUAAUGGUGAGUGGUCAAUGCCAGAGGCACGAGGAAGAGUAUCACAAACUACUGAAAGUGAAAAAGAAGGUUCGAACAGUAAAGCUGGCUCGAAAACGUCAAGUAGAAGUAACACACCUGCUCUGAAAGAAAGUGCUGCAUCGGGAGAAAACGUCGACAAAACUGAUAUAAAAAAUGACAAAGAAGCUGGAACAAUCAGGAAAGAAGGCGAGGAGGAAACUCCCAAACUGAAAGGUCCACGACCACCGUUCAAAUUCAACAUUGCUGAUGGUGGCUUUACUGAAUUGCAUACGCUGUGGUUGAAUGAGGAAAAAGCGGCUGUACCUGGCAAUGAAUUUGAAAUUUGGCACCGUCGACAUGAUUAUUGGCUCCUGGCGGGAAUUAUCACGUAUGGUUAUGGGCGAUAUCAAGAUUUACAGAAUGAUGUUCGUUUUUCAAUUAUCAAUGAACCAUUCCGCACGGAACAAGGGAAGGGAAAUUUCUUGGAAAUAAAGAAUAAAUUUUUGCAGAGACGUUAUAAGCUCUUGGAACAGGCUCUAGUUAUUGAAGAACAGUUGCGACGAGCAGCGUAUUUGAAUUUAACGCAAUCUAACACAGAUGGCACACAACAACUAAAUGAACGCUUCGCGGAUAUUGAAUGCUUAGCAGAAAGCCAUCAACACUUGGCUAGAGAGGGUAUGCAAGGCAGCAAAAAUGCAAGUGCAGUAUUGAAUCAGUUGGAGGAACUGCUGUCAGAUAUGAAAGCAGAUGUAUCAAGAUUGCCAGCAACACUAGCACGGUUGCGUCCUGUAACCGAACGUUUAGGGAUGACGGAAAGAGCGAUAUUAAGUCGAUUAACAACGCGUGAUCCGGAGGCAGCAUCGGGGAAAAGUCCAUUACCUCCACCUGGUCCAUUCGUUACUCCUACUCUUGGGCAGCAGCUCUCCGGGAUACAGCCAAAAUUUGCUGCUUUAUCAAGGAAAUCGAUGUCUGAAACAGUCACACGUGAAAAAAAUACAAAAAAAGGACAAGAGGAGAAAGAUAAAGAUGAAGAAAAAGCUAAGGAAGAGGAAGCCGUCUCUAAUAAAAAGGGAAAAGAUGAAAGUAGAAAUGAUGCAGUCAUCGAAAGUGAGGAAGUUAAGGACGAAAAUGUGAAAGAAACAAUAGAAGAUGAGCCAAUGGACUGUACAAUUUCCGGUAGCGCAACUGCUGUUACAUCUGAAAAGAUUGAAAAAGCAGAUGAUUCUGUGAUAGCUGAGUCAGAAAGUGCAAUCAAGACAACCGCCGAUGCAUAG